AUGGCCAAGGGCAAACCAAAAGCCAAGCGCCUUCACAGCGCUGAUACUUUGUACAGGGGGCAAUCGUAUGUGGAAAAGGUGAAGGCUGAACCCAAGGAUCUGGAGCAGCAGCUGAAGGACCAUGAUGCGCAGGAGCAACUUUUAGCUCUACAAGCCGCUGUGCAAGCUCAGAAGUUAGCUGAAGAUACCCAGAUUGAUGAUGCUGCAGCAGCGUCUGAUUCUGUUCCAGAGCCAAAGCCCAGCCCUCGCAAGCGUCGCCCCCGAAAAGCUAAGAGUUCCAAGAAGUUGGUUCUAGAGGGAAAUCCUGAUGCAGAGCCUAGGGGCAGCCAGGCCUCUCCCAACAACGCUGUGAAGCCCGCAGCUUUGCUGGCUUUGCCUGCGCCAGCUGUUGCUGAAACUUCCGAAAUCCCUAAGGACCCAGUGCGGCCCAGCCCGAACCAGGUUCCCAAACCCCUGGAGCCAUCCCCUGAAGAGAUCGCCUUGCAGUCUGCGCCAACCCAGGUAUUGGAUGCACCCGUCCCUGAUGAGCCAGAGAAGCUGAAUGCCCUAGAUUUGCAGUCCUCACCGAAGCAGGUUCCCGAACCACAUGAGCCAUCCCCUGGAGAGAUCCCCUUGCAGUCCUCACCGAAGCAGGCUAACCCAUCAGCGGAAGCAUCCCAGAUCAAUGGUGUGGGCGGUGACACAUCCCCUGAGAAGUUCCCAGUUGGCCCCAGUGCUGCAGCCAGUUUUGGGGUUCCUCUGGACCCGUACUACUAUGACCCGAACAAAGAGGAUGCUCAAAACCCCUUUGUGAAGGAGAACACGAGGUCAUCUUUGAUGCUGCGUGGCACAGCUUCAAAUGUGGAUGUGGUAUCGCCGAAUCGGCCGAGAUCUAUAAACUUCGAUGAUGUUAUCCUAGAUGCCCCUGAAAGCCUUCCCUUCAUGAAGUCGCUGAAGGAGUCCCCUCACAAAACCCCUGAAGAGCCGGAGAUGCGGAACUACUUUGCAAAAUUUCUUCUAGACCAGCCUUCAACACCAAAGACUGAGGGGAAAUUGAAGGUUGCCAAAAUGGAUCGAUACGACACCGGUGCAAUUUCUCCUACGGAGACCGAGAAAUCCGAGCUGAGCCCUGCAAAGCCCGAGAAAAGGCAGAGCCAGCAGCUCUUCAACAAGUAUGAUGCGAAGCUACGCAGAAUGUGCAAAGAGAACAAGAAGAAAUCCCGUGAAGUUCCCGAGUCCAUUCAUAAAUUGUGGGUCAAGGGGGGCGUUUCCCGACGGCAGCUUGUCAAAGUUCUCGUUGAAUGCGAAGGAGACAAGGAUGCAUUCACCCAGCGUGUGCUUCAUCAGUUCAAGCAAGUCCGCUCCAACGAAUUCAAGGUUAUUUCCGGGUUCUAUACGGACAAGUACCAGAAGAACCUCUUGUGGUUCUGGGUGGAUGUCAAGUUCGAGGGCCAGACGCGCAAGGCCGAGGAGGAGGAGCUCAAUCGUCAGACGCAGCUUGGAGAUGCUUUCGUGAAGAAAGUUCCCCUGGGUUUACGUGGCCGUCCUACCGGCAAGAAUGCUGGUGCCCUCCUUGAGCUAUCCGAUGAUGAUGAUGAUGAUGAUCAGACAUCGGCUACAGCAAGUCCAGCGAGCAAAACGGAGAAUCAUGAUGCUGAGGAUGCUGCUGAUGAUGCUGAGGAUGGUGAGGGUAGUGGGGCUACCCCGUCGCCUAAGCGAAAGCGCAGGGCAUCCAAGGGGCGUAAGUCUGCUAAGCACGGGAAGAAAGACUUCGCAGAAGAGUUGCCAACUGAGGACAUGGAUGGUGUACCAAAGAUCCUCGACGAACUCUUGAAGCAGCAGUCUCGAGUCAACAAGCUCCUGGAGAGAUGCAAGGAGGAAAAGGUGCCGGAGAAGCAGAUGGAACGCCUCGUGGCUGAGGUAUCAAAGAUGUGGACAGUGCUGUCUGGAAGGAAACUGGUGAAGGCAGGGACUAAUGCUGCGCCAAAAGCAGCGCCAAGAGCUGCGCCAAAGGCGAAGGGCAAGGGGGCCCAGUAUGCGAGCGUGGCCUUCUGGUCGAAGCCACAAAUCGCUCGGAAGUCCAUCCGGAAGCUGUGGAUAGAUUACCUUCUGGGCAGCUACUUCGCGAAAUGGACAGGGGUGGCAAAACUGGUUGUUCUAUUGGAUCUGCAGAUAUCUGGCUGCGAACAAUCUGGCGCUGAGAAAUGCUUGCAGCAUUUGUAUGCUGAGUUGAAGAAUUAUGCCAUCGAGAACCAUCUCUACUUGCACAUGAAUGGGCACUGGUUCAAAGGAGCCGACACAACUGUUGUGGUCAAAUACCUGGCCUACAAGUAUGAGCUUCUGCUGCGAGACCUUGAUUUGGGUGAGAACUUUCCCUAUAUCAAGGCAAUCCUUGACUGUUUGAAGGUCAGCAACACAUUCAUGAGCACCCUCUAUCGAAGUGGGCUCUUCCUCAAGAAGAAAGAAUUACAAACGGUUGUAUCCAGUGGGCUUGCAAUGCUGCAGGGAUAUGCAAGAUGCGCGACAAUCGCGUACACCAAAGGCUUUGCAAGGUUCAAGCUGAACCCAAAGUUCCACAUGCUUUGCCAUGUCGUGUUUGAUUUAGAGGCGAAUUUCAGGAAGAGCCAAAGCCCGAUCAAUCCUUUGGCAUACAGCUGCCAGAUGCCAGAGGACUUCAUCAACAGAGUGGCGACGUUGUCACGACAAGUCAGCUCAACCAAGGUGUCGCUUCGAACGAUCGAUUUGUACAAGCUAGCUCUGGCCCGCGCAUGGUGA